UUGUCGCCAGAAAAAUAUCAAAAACAGGUUGCAUUACCACAACUCCAAAGUGUCUUAAGAUCUACUGUGUAUCAUGUUCAAGCCAACAUUCAUGAGAUCGAUUCCCAGACUGUGCCCGACACUAACGAGAAGAGCAUACUUCAAUCAAGGAGAUAUCCAUGAAAAGAUAGCUGAGGAUGAUUUGUUCAUUCAUAAGGAUGAGGCCGUGCGAUUCAUGCGAUCUUGCAUGGAGGUCAAAGGUUGUCCGCCUCAACAUUCCGAAAGACUGGCUCUCAACCUCUUAGAGGCCGAUUACCGAGGACACUUUUCCCACGGCCUCAAUCGUUUGGCCAUGUAUGUGAAGGACAUUGAAUCGGGUAAUUGCGAUCCAGUUGCGACGCCAAGUGUGAUCAAAGAAAGUGCUUCAACGGCAUUAAUUGACGGCAAAAAUGGCUUAGGUGUGGUUGUGGGGGAAUAUAGUAUGAAGCUGGCCAUUCAAAAGGCGAAAGAGGCGGGGGUUGGUUGGGUGUGUGCCAGGAGUUCCAACCACUUUGGAAUUUGUCAAUGGUACACACAGAUGGCCCUGGAGGAUGGGUUCUUGGGCAUAUCAUCCACAAAUACAUCCCCUUUGGUGACUCCAACCCGUGCCAAGACCCCUGUUUUUGGAACUAAUCCCAUUUCCAUUGCGGUGCCCGGACUGAACGGGGACAGCUUCAUUCUGGACAUGUCAACGUCUUCGGUGGCUGUGGGCAAGAUUGAGAUUCAAAUGCGCAAGAACCAACCUUUACCUUCAACGAGUUGGGCCUUGGGAACAGAUGGAAAACCCACCACUGAUCCUCACGAAGCCUUCUACAAGAGUUCGGGUCUGAUGCCGUUGGGAGGGUCGGAGGUCAACUCGGGAUAUAAGGGAUACGGUUUGGGAAUGGCUGUUGAUAUUCUCUGUGGUCUAAUGUCAGGGUCACAAUACGCCCAAAAUAUUCGAAAAUGGACCAACCAUGAUGUGGCUGCCGACUUAGGACAGUGCUUCAUUGCUGUCAAUCUGGAAGAAUUCGCACCGGGUAUCCCUGAUCGAGUCCAAAGCCUCAUGGACCAAUUGAGGAGUAUGGAAUCAGUGGAUACCAAAAACCCGGUUCAAGUCCCGGGAGAUCCUGAGCGAGCAGCGAUGGACACGGUUGACGAUGAACAACAAGGGGCCAUAAAAUAUACCCCAGACCAUAUCACUAGUUACCGAAAGCUAGCUCAAGAUCUUGGCGUUGAUCCGAUGAGGCCCAUUCAGAGAGAUAACGUUGCUUGAAAUCGGCGCGAAUUUUCCCCGAACAAAUAAACAGCAUAAGUUGUGCUUUAAAUGAUAA